UUAAGAUUACUGCAAUCUAAUUGAGAUUUCUACCAUUUAAACCAUCUCCCUCCGAACAUUGAGACAGUAAUAAAAUACGCCCAAAAAUUACGUCCCACAAAUGACGGCUCCUACGUCCUGGACCGUCCUUCACACCUCAAUCAAUAGGAAUCUCUCAGACAAUAAAACAGAGGAUGUCCAAAAAUGGCUUGAGAUCAUCAAACCAGUUACCAAAGUUUGUCAGCCUGGACUUGAGCAUGGAGUCUGGGUACGAUUGAUCGAGCUAGGUGAAGAAGUAUGGCUUGUCACUGCUUGGGAAGCCUUUGAAGCUAUACAGCAAUUUGAGCAAUCGGAUGCUCAUAAGAAACAAUUGAACGGGAUGAAAGAGCUUUCGGAAGGAAGAGAACCAAUCGUCACGCAUGCCGGACUGUCAGGCGACUUUUGGAAUAUGUUGACGGAGUACACUGGGAUUAUGGAUGUUUAUUUUCCAGGAGAGAUAGAUGACAGAGCGAAGAAAAGGGUGGAAGAUCUGAGAGGGUUGGUUUACUUCUUUGCUCCUGGGAAGAAGUCAGGGAAAAGUGCAUACAGUGGGAGAGCGACAAAGGGAUGACUGGAUGAAUUCGUUGAGUUUGUGAGAGAGCAAGCAAGAGUUAUGAGAUAUAUGCAUUAUUGGAAUAGUAAAGAAGGGGAAGAAGAGUUCAAGACCGGAUCAGCUUGCAUAUUCAUCUUCAUUAAGACGACGCAUUGGGUAACGAACACA